AUGAAGUUUGUAAUUCUCACUGUAGUUGUGGCUGUGGCCAGCGCUGCACCUCAGUACUCAGCCCCUCAGGCUCCUAGUCGCUACAGUGAAUCAAGCGAAGAGGUGGCCAUUCUGAGACACGAUUUUGUACAGGGAGACAACGGCGAUUACAAGCUUGACGUAGAGACUGCUAACGGCAUCGUCGUUGCCCAGUCCGGCUCUUCCGAUGGUCCAGAAGGCGCUGUAGUCAAGUCUGGACAAUAUUCGUACACUGCUCCUGACGGCACUCACGUCGUUGUAAAGUUCGUCGCUGACGAAAACGGCUACCAGCCACAGUCUGAUCUGCUGCCAGUGGCUCCUGCCUUCCCACAUCCAAUCCCUCAGUUCGUGUUGGACCAGAUCGCCUUUGCUGCUGAGGAAGACGCUGCCCGCGCUCGCGGCAAGUCCUCUGGUCCUUCUGCCACGUAUGGUGCUCCUCAGUAA